AAUAGUGGCACAUCUUCUCUGAUUUUAUCAUUAAUGUACUUUUAUGUUACAAUCUCAGAUGCUGUUUCUGGGAAGACUGGAACUACAAGGGAAAGCUUUCACCACAAAAACACCUGGGCCACAGAAGAAGAAAAAAGUCAAGGGACCCAGGGCUCAAGACCUUUCCCAUGGGAUUUCACUUGUUCGAGCUACAGACAUGACGGCCAGAGAACGGGCAAAGCUCCUCACUACGAAAACACUGCUUCACUUUCCGGGGAAAAGUCCUGGCCCACCACAGGCAGCGCUCAGCCUGAGCGGGCAGAAGGAGGCCAGCUCCAGACCAGGACCUCAACAUGGCCUGACGCAGACAAUGGCAGCACGUCACCCGGGCAUUACACAGGUGUCAGUGGGUGCAGAAUCCGACUCCAGCUCCAGCUCCGACUCGGAUGAAGAGACUGUGAGUGGGAAUGCCCAAAAACGUCCGGUUAGAUUUCUGAGGCAUAAUUCUCCAGCUGGGAGUGCUGACUGGUCAAAGGAGAGAAAACAAGUGGAGCAAAGGGCUUGGGCCAGCCAGCCCCAGACACAUCUGGGAAUUGCAGUGUCCAGCAGCUCUGACACACAAUCUCCCUCACAGCCGAGCGGCCUGGAUGAAAAGCAAGUUGCACAAGUUGCCCGUCCUGAAGCAUCAGGCCAGAGGAAUGCCCCUGAGGUUGCAGCAGCGCCAGUCAGUGCCACGUCCAUGGACCAAGACAGCGGAUUUGGAAAGUCACGGAACACCGACGUGCUCCUGGCACAGAGAGGAACACAAGAGCAGGUGGUAGAGGAGGACGUGGCUGCUGAUGAGGAGACUUCACCCUUGGACCAGGCUGCAGACACAUCACCGGAACCAGUCAAGGAGCCUGCUGAUGAAGUGUUGGACAAUUCCACCUACAAGAAUAUUCAGCACCACGAUUACACCCCACUGACCUUUGUAGAUUUAGACAUGGAGAUGGCAAAGUAUCGGUUACCCCAACCCUCCUCAGGAAGAUUGACUCCUCGUGACUGACUUGCUACUGGCAGCAAGAGUACGGGCUUGACACAAACAGAAUAAAAUAGCUUCCUUCAC